AUGUUGUUUUUGACUCACAUACUUCGACACUGGCAUUAUAAAACAUGGCAAAGGUACACAGCAGGAUAUCUGAGAACGUUUUUGAAGAAUAGACUUCCGAACAAUGAGCUGAUAGGAUACGUUAUCAACGACAAGCACCCGAAAACAAUAAGAGUGGCGUGCGACAGGUAUAUGUACGUGGUGAGGUACAAAAAAACAUUUCGAAUGACCAAAAAGGUAUGGGCGCACGACGAGCAUAAGGAGGCGCACCUGGGAGAUAUCGUGAGAAUACAGCCCCUGGGAUACAGAAUAGGGCCCUGGAAGACGUACGUUCUAACGAGAGUACUGCACACGCAGAACCCACACCUAAAUAAUGUGUAA